GGGAGAGGGGGUGGGGCAGGGGGCGGGGACAGGAUGCAAGCGAAGAGGAAAUCGGCGGCGCGACGCCCGCUGCUUAUUGGCUGGGGAGUCCGGGAGCCAGAAGCCCCGCCUCCCUAGCUGGGGUCACGUGAUCCCUUUCAAAGAUGGCCGCCCUGUUGUUUUGAUGAAUAAUACUUGGUGGGGCGAGGGGGUAAGAGUAGGGUUGGAGGGGUAGGAGGAUUUACGCUUACAGCGAGAGCUUCGCCAGUCCCAUCCCUCCCCUCCCCCCUUCCAGGGUUCUUGCGUGGAGGCGGGGCGAGCCUGGCCUGCUUUUUAGAGGGGAGGGGCUUCCCCGUACGGUGCUGGGCUCUGCCUGGGCUGGUGUAGGGUCGCCGCGCCUCGGGGGGCACCCAGUGUGCAGUGGAGCCGUUCCCGCCAGGGGCCAGGGGUGGGACCCGGAGCAGGGUCUGCGGGAGAAAAACGCAGCUGCUGCGUCACCGCCACGAAGACACGGCGCGCAGCGGGCACGAGCCGAGCUGGAGACCGCGCCGCACGCUCUGGGUAACCUGGGAAGCUGAAGGCAGUCAGUGGCGCCUGGAGAGGACCCCGUAGCAGUGGCCGUGGCCAGAGGCGCCAGCUCUGGGCGCUUGCAGCUGGAGGAGGCUGGGGCGGUCCGAGCGACCGAAGCCAAGGCGAUUCAGUGCCUCGUGUUCUUAGUUUUUAACCUCUGACUAUGCAAUUCUGAAACCUCCCCCACUGGGGGACCAGACAGCCCGAUAGAUACCUUCCACUCUCCUUUGCUCCCGCCCUGGUCUCAAGAACUGAAGGAUCUCUCUAACGCCUUUCACCAUUAAGAGGAAAGCGAUGGAGGAGCUGAGCGCUGACGAGAUACGACGGAGGCGCCUGGCACGACUUGCUGGUGGACAGACCUCCCAGCCGACCACCCCGCUUACGUCUCCCCAGAGAGAGAACCCUCCGGGACCUCCAAUAGCUGCAUCAGUCCCAGGCCCCUCCCAGAGUCUUGGUCUCAAUGUCCACAACAUGACCCCAGCUACCUCCCCCAUAGGUGCAGCAGGAGUUGCCCAUCGGAGCCAGAGCAGCGAGGGCGUCAGUUCUCUGAGCAGCUCCCCUUCCAACAGUCUUGAGACGCAGUCUCAGUCCCUGUCACGCUCCCAGAGCAUGGAUAUUGACGGUGUUUCCUGUGAGAAAAGCAUGUCCCAGGUGGAUGUGGAUUCGGGAAUCGAGAAUAUGGAGGUGGACGAGAACGACCGAAGAGAAAAACGUAGCCUGAGUGACAAGGAGCCUUCUUCAGGUCCUGAGGUGUCUGAAGAGCAGGCCUUACAGCUGGUCUGUAAGAUCUUCCGAGUCUCCUGGAAGGACCGCGACAGAGAUGUUAUCUUCCUUUCUUCUCUCUCUGCGCAGUUUAAACAGAACCCAAAAGAAGUGUUCUCUGACUUUAAGGAUCUGAUUGGGCAGAUUUUAAUGGAAGUGCUGAUGAUGUCCUCCCAGACACGAGAUGAAAACCCAUUUGCCAGUCUGACAGCCACAUCCCAGCCCAUUGCCACGGCAGCUCGGUCACCAGACAGAAGUCUCAUACUGAACACUGGCUCCAGUUCAGGAACAAGCCCCAUGUUCUGCAACUUGGGCUCCUUCAGCGCCAGCUCGUUGUCUAGUUUGGGAGCCUGUGCUGGAGCAAGUAACUGGGAGUCGUACAGUGACCGUUUCACCAUUGAGACCUGCAAAGAGACAGACAUGCUGAACUACCUCAUCGAGUGCUUUGACCGAGUUGGAAUAGAGGAAAAAAAAGCACCAAAGAUGUGCAGCCAGCCAGCAGUCAGCCAGCUUCUGAGUAACAUCCGCUCGCAGUGCAUCUCCCACACCGCGCUUGUGCUACAAGGGUCCCUUACACAGCCCAGGUCCUUGCAACAGCCGUCCUUCCUCGUGCCGUACAUGCUCUGCAGGAAUCUCCCGUACGGCUUCAUUCAAGAGCUGGUGAGGACCACUCACCAGGAUGAAGAGGUGUUCAAGCAGAUCUUUAUCCCCAUUUUACAAGGCCUGGCGCUUGCUGCCAAAGAGUGCUCCUUGGAUAGCGACUACUUUAAGUACCCCCUCAUGGCACUGGGUGAACUCUGUGAAACCAAGUUUGGGAAGACACACCCUGUGUGCAAUCUGGUCGCCUCUUUACCCCUGUGGUUGCCGAAGUCCUUAAGCCCUGGUUCUGGGCGGGAGCUGCAGAGACUUUCCUACUUAGGGGCCUUCUUUAGCUUCUCAGUCUUCGCAGAGGAUGAUGCAAAGGUGGUUGAGAAAUACUUCUCAGGGCCUGCCAUUACCCUGGAGAACACCCGCGUGGUCAGCCAGUCACUACAGCACUACCUGGAGCUGGGACGGCAAGAGCUUUUCAAGAUUCUACAUAGUAUUUUGUUAAACGGCGAAACCCGUGAAGCAGCUCUCAGUUACAUGGCGGCCAUUGUCAAUGCCAAUAUGAAGAAAGCCCAGAUGCAGGCAGAUGAUCGGUUGGUGUCUACAGACGGGUUUAUGCUGAAUCUCCUUUGGGUCCUGCAGCAGCUAAGUACAAAAAUCAAGUUAGAAACAGUCGACCCCACUUACAUAUUCCACCCGAGAUGUCGGAUCAACCUCCCGAAUGAUGAGACACGGAUAAACGCCACGAUGGAGGAUGUGAAUGAGUGGCUGACGGAGCUCUAUGGCGAUCAGCCUCCGUUUUCUGAGCCAAAAUUCCCUACGGAAUGUUUCUUUCUCACCCUGCAUGCACAUCACCUCUCUAUUCUGCCUAGUUGUCGUCGCUACAUUCGCCGACUCCGAGCCAUCCGAGAGCUCAAUAGAACGGUGGAAGAUUUGAAAAAUAACGAAAGCCAGUGGAAGGAUUCCCCACUGGCCACCAGACACCGCGAGAUGCUGAAGCGCUGUAAAACUCAGCUUAAGAAACUGGUACGGUGCAAGGCCUGUGCUGACGCUGGCUUACUUGACGAGAGCUUCCUAAGAAGAUGUCUGAAUUUUUAUGGCCUUCUCAUUCAGCUGAUGCUGCGCAUCCUGGACCCUGCAUAUCCUGACGUGACACUGCCUUUAAAUUCAGAAGUCCCCAAGGUAUUUGCAGCAUUGCCUGAGUUUUAUGUAGAAGAUGUUGCCGAAUUUUUAUUUUUUAUUGUUCAAUACUCUCCUCAGGUGCUGUAUGAGCCCUGCACUCAGGACAUUGUGAUGUUCCUCGUUGUCAUGCUGUGCAACCAGAACUACAUCCGGAACCCUUACCUGGUGGCCAAGCUGGUGGAGGUCAUGUUUAUGACCAACCCCUCUGUUCAGCCGAGAACUCAGAAGUUUUUUGAGAUGAUUGAGAACCAUCCUCUCUCUACCAAAUUGCUGGUACCUUCCCUCAUGAAGUUCUAUACAGAUGUCGAGCAUACUGGAGCCACCAGCGAGUUCUAUGACAAGUUCACAAUUCGCUAUCACAUCAGCACUAUUUUUAAAAGCCUUUGGCAAAACAUAGCUCACCACGGCACCUUCAUGGAGGAGUUCAAUUCUGGAAAACAGUUCGUUCGGUAUAUCAAUAUGCUGAUAAAUGACACGACCUUUUUACUGGACGAAAGUCUGGAGUCUCUGAAGCGGAUCCAUGAAGUGCAAGAGGAGAUGAAGAACAAAGAACAGUGGGACCAGCUGCCUCGGGAUCAGCAGCAGGCCCGGCAGUCUCAGCUUGCUCAGGAUGAGCGUGUUUCCCGUUCUUAUCUUGCCCUGGCGACUGAAACCGUGGACAUGUUCCAUCUCCUCACCAAACAAGUCCAGAAGCCGUUCCUGAGGCCAGAACUUGGUCCCCGACUAGCAGCCAUGCUGAACUUUAACCUACAGCAGCUCUGUGGACCCAAGUGCCGGGACCUGAAGGUGGAAAACCCAGAGAAGUAUGGUUUUGAGCCAAAGAAGCUGUUGGACCAACUGACGGAUAUUUACUUACAGCUGGACUGUGCUCGCUUUGCUAAAGCCAUCGCUGAUGACCAGCGAUCCUACAGCAAGGAACUGUUUGAAGAAGUCAUUUCAAAGAUGCGGAAAGCAGGAAUCAAAUCAACCAUCGCAAUAGAAAAGUUUAAGCUUCUUGCAGAGAAAGUGGAGGAAAUCGUGGCAAAGAAUGCGCGGGCAGAAAUAGACUACAGCGAUGCCCCAGACGAGUACAGAGACCCUCUGAUGGACACCCUGAUGACCGAUCCCGUGAGACUGCCCUCUGGUACCAUCAUGGACCGUUCUAUCAUCCUGCGGCAUCUGCUCAACUCCCCCACUGACCCCUUCAACCGCCAGAUGCUGACUGAGAGCAUGCUGGAGCCAGUGCCAGAGCUGAAGGAGCAGAUUCAGGCAUGGAUGAGAGAGAAGCAGAGCAGUGACCACUAAGGCCCCAUCGUGCUCCUCAGCUGGAAGCCGCCACGCCAGCCAGCCAGGCUAAAGCAGCAUCCGCCUGGAAGCGGCUGCUCCAACCUGUAACCACGUGUGGCCAGAUCCUGAGAACCCACCCCGCGUGACCAAACAGUGGAGAUCAGAGGGACAAGACUGAGAAGAGGAUUCCUGUACAUAUAUUUAAGUGACAACAGUCAAAGCGUGAGGGACGAGUUUUACGACGGCUUGUGUAGUAAAGCGCGCCCUUCGCCCGUCGCCACCUCGGGCUGUGGCAAGCGGAAGUGUUUAGUGGGUCUGGGCAGCUUCCCCCUGAGCUUACUUUUGUUUUGUUUUUCGAUGUGUCUAGAGAACUCGGACAUUUUGCUGCUAAAGAACCUCCCCCUCUCCCCCUACUUGCACUGCUGUGGGUUUUUUAAAGAAACAGAACCGAACUCCUUUCCCAGCCCUCCAAACGUGUAUUCUGUGAGAUUACUGUGCCUGCGACAAAGUGUUAAUCUUGGGAUCGUAUUUUUAUAUCACAUUCACACACUUGUUUUUUUAAUUGGUGUUAGAUGACAUGAUUAAUAAAAAAGGCAAGAUAUUUUCAGAAUUUGAAUUUCAGUUUUUUUUCUUUUGAAAUAGCCCUUUUAAAUUUUUUUUAUUAUAAACAAAAUGAAGAGAACCCUGUGGGCCUGGUCCUUCUACCAACCCUCAGUUAAGAUCCUGAGGAACAGUGCGGCAGCAGGCUGGCUGGAGUGGGUCAGGACUCAUGUGACUUACGGGGUUUGGGGGAGGCGAGGGUUGUGUUUUGUUGUUGUUGUUGUUUUGUUUUUUUUUUUUUUAAAAAAAUCCUAUGUGACAGUUCCAGUCCUCUGCCAUUAUCCUCUGAGGACGAAAAAGCUCCUCCGCCCUGGGUUCUUUUGUAUGCUGUGUCCUUUGGGGGUUUGGCUUUACCAAAGCAAAACAAAAAAACAAACAAAAAACAAAGAAAAAAAAUGGGUGCAAGAAAUGUGGAAAUCUGUCUGCUUGUUUACAUGCCUGGACAAAUACCACCACAUCGGCGCACGCGAGCAGAAGCCCUCUCUGUAUUACCGCUCCCUUCGCAACAUACUUGAAUUUUUGAAUUUCCUUUGGGGUGAAAAAGGAUUUUAAACCAUAAAGUGUUUUAAAGAAAUCUUCAGAAACAUCCUUUCUCCUCUUUUCCUUUCUCCUCUUCUCCACAGUCUGUGCUCUGUUCAGUUCCCAACACAAACGACAAUAAACGGUGAUGCCCAUUCGGAAGAAA